CCUUCUCUUCUGCAUCAAAACACCUACAAACACCAAACCCACCCUCUCUACCUUUUUCUUCUCACUGUAAAAUAGUUUAUAUAUCUAUAUAUAAUUUCUUGAUAAAGUUUGAGUCAGGAUUUCAUUGAUGUCUGUGCCACUUGAACAUGAUUACAUAGGUUUAGCAGAUGCUUCUUCUUCAAUGGAAAGAAGCUCUGAAAAUUCCAACAUCUCAUCUGAUUCUGAAACCAACAAUGUUCUUAAUCUCAAAGCCACUGAAUUGAGACUUGGCUUACCUGGUUUUUCUCAAGAAAAUGAUUGUACUAAUUUUGGGCCUAUCAAGAAUUUCAUGUCAGGAGCUAAAAGAGGCUUUUGUGAUGUUAAUCUUAAUGGUUCAGAUAAGUGGGAUUUGAAGGGUGGAUCUGAAUCUGAACUGGGAAAAAUUCAAGCACAAAAACCAGUUGAAGUUAAGCCUAUCGAUGAGAAAAAUAAAGGCCCUGCUAAUGAAAAUGGAAUUGCCCCUCCUUCUGCUAAGGCACAAGUGGUAGGAUGGCCACCAAUUCGAUCUUUCCGUAAGAACACCAUGGCCACUAAUUCGUCAAAAAACGAUGAUGCCAGUGGGUGUCUUUAUGUGAAGGUGAGCAUGGAUGGUGCUCCAUAUUUAAGGAAGAUCGAUCUCAAGAUCUACCGUAAUUAUGCAGAGCUUUCAAAGGCUCUUGAGAAAAUGUUCAGUUGCUUUACUCUCGGUCAAUGUACUUCUAAUGGAAUCGAAAGGCGAGAAGGGCUUAGUGAAAGUAACCUAAAAGAUCUUCUUCAUGGCUCUGAAUGUGUCUUGACAUAUGAAGAUAAAGAUGGUGAUUGGAUGCUUGUUGGUGAUGUUCCUUGGGAGAUGUUCAUUGAUUCCUGCAAGAGAUUACGGAUCAUGAAAGGCUCUGAAGCAAUUGGAUUAGCUCCAAGGUCCACGGACAAGUGCAAGAACAGAAACUAGCACAAUAAUCCAACGUUACAAGGGACAUGUGUCGGAACAGAGAAAAAAGGUAUUCCGAUCAAGAGUUCAUAUAUGUGCUUCGAUAAUUUUGAUUUGUAGGUUUUUUUUUUUUUUUUUUUUUUUUUUUUUUUUUUUUUCUGGUAUUUUCGUGGACGGCAGAAUGUUUCUUGUAGACAAAUAUCAUAACUGGAAGGAAACAUUUCCAGUUCUUUGGUAAUCAUGUUAUGAACCACUUGACAUGUCUUAAUGUAAAUGGCUUUAUUCAUCUUCA